AUGAAUAAUGAAAAUUUAUAUGAAGAUCUCCUUCCGCCUGUUGAAGAAUUACUUUUAGGUGACGAUCAUAGCAGUAAUUUUGAAAAUAUUAUAUCUGAAGAUUCAAUAAUAAAUCAAGAUAUUUUAGAACCUGGGUCUGAUCCACCAGAAGGAAUUUUAUUAUCAUCACUUGCUAUUGAACUAUCAGAUUCAUCUUCAUUAUUAUUAAUUGAUCCAUAG